AUGGCAGCCGAGUUUGUGGCGAAGACGCCCAUCCUGGCGGACGCGGUGAAGGACCUGACCGGUUUUUACCAGCAGCUUGCCGCCCCUACCACCCCCGCCUUGGCGAUCUGGUUCACGUUCUGGGGAUUCCUUGUGGUGUGCUACUACCUGGUCCCGGGUCCCGUCGGCCGCGGCGUGCCCCUCAAGAAUGGCAAGCAGCUCGAGUACCGCAUCAACGGCUUCCGGAGCUUCGUGUUGCUGCUGGCCCUGUUCUACGGCGGUUCGUUCGCCGGCUGGUGGACGCCCACCGUCAUCUACGACAACUUCUGGCCUCUCUUCACCGUCGUCAACUACUUCUCCUUCGCCCAGGUCCUCUUCCUCUACAUCAAGGGCCGCUUCUUCUCCAACGAGUUUGAGACGCACGGCAAUGUCUUGGCGGACCUGUGGUACGGCGUGGAGCUGAACCCGCGCAUGCUGGGCUUCGACUUCAAAUACUUUGCCUACCGACCCCUCAUCAUGGGCUGGGCUCUCCUCAUCCUCUCCAUCGUCCACCACCAGUAUGCGGUGUACGGGGUGGUGUCGAUUCCGAUGGGGCUGUACCUGCUGUUCACCUGGUGGUACACCAUCGACUACCUGUGGGUCGAGCACAAGAUCUGCACCACGUGGGACAUCAUCGCCGAACACUUUGGCUUCGGCCUCGUCUGGGGCGACCAUGCGUUCUAUCCGUUCUUCUACAGCAUCCAGGCGCACUACCUGAUCGAGCCGUUCGAGCUCCAUCCCGUCGCCUACUUGGCCAUCGUCGCCGUCUUCUUCACCGGUUACACCAUCUUCAGACAGGCGAACAACCAGAAGGACGAGUUCAAGCGCGUCGGGAAGAAGGCCAAGAUCUGGGGCAAGCCCGUGACGACGACCAAGGACGGCCGCCUCCUGACCUCCGGCUGGUGGGGUGUUGGCCGGCACAUCAACUACCUCGGCGACAUCCUCAUCGCCGUCGGCUGGACCCUUCCCUGCGGCUUCUCCUCCCUCAUCCCGUGGACGCAUUCGAUGUUCUUCAUUCCGUUCCUGAUGCAUCGCGAGCACAGGGACGAGCAGCGCAUGCGGGAGAAGUACGGCGCCACGUACCAGGAGUACUGCCGCGUGGCCAAGUACCGCAUCUUCCCCUUCAUCUACUAG